AUGACGGGCCUGUCUGCCUUUUGCCGGAUAUACGACUUUGUUGAUGCUUCGACUAUUGCUGUCUACUGGAAGAUGCCGACGGCAGUGGAGGAGAAACAAACGUCGGAAGAAGUAGUUGAUAGAAACCUCAAAAAUAAAAGGGGUGGCAGUUCGGCAGAACAUGAGGGAAGGAAACGCUUGCCAGAAGAUGUGCAGGCACGGAUGCUCGCAGAUGCAGAGGCGUUGGAGAAGCGGCACCGGCAGCGGGUGAAGGAGUUAAAGCGACAGAAGUUCAUCAGGGCGAAGAAGGCUCUUUAUUCUAAGCUCAAGUUCUAUGAUCAUAGAGGCCUACGCCUGUGCUCCGCCGUGUGCGCAGUUUCUCUCCCGAAGAUGUACACUGUGCAUACAGAGUUGAAGAAGGUGCAACGCCGACUGCAGCAGACGCGAAAGGAGCUGAUCCAGUUGAUGUCACAGCAGCAGGAAGACCCGAAUUCUUCACGUGCUGCUGCCGACAACGAGUCGAUUCCGUCUGCUGUAGAGGCAAGUGGGGAGAAGCUAAGUGAGCGCAUAGCGGAGGCACAGCGAAGGUUGCGGCUCCAUCUCGACGACUUAAACUAUAUACGCUUAUACCCGGCGGAUGAGCCUUACGUCGCUCUUUUUCCAGCACAAGACACGGAGGAAAGCCAGAAGAAGCGGCAGGAUAUGCGCCUUCGUAUCCUCCAGCUGCUUAUAGACAGCAGAAAUGGCAACGAAGCAACGAAUGAUGAGGAUGAAGGGAGGGAUGACAUGUUUGUGGAUGCGCCACAAGCGGCGGAAGGCACGGCUGCUGAUGACGCAGAUCCUUUUGAGGAUGCCCAGGCCCUCACUGACGAGGAAACCGAACAAACAGGCAGUAGAACAACACACAAACAUGGGGGUAACGCUCUGCACACGAAGCGCAUGAGCGGGUCCCGCGACAACAAGCGAGCGGGAGGGGCGGCGGCUGCAGCGAUGCAUAAGAAAGGAGCUCAACGAGAGGGUGGGGGCCGCAAGCCUCCGCAGCACAGCAGGAGCAACUGCAACACCAACUCGAGCAAGAGCCAAUUGUCUGGACGGAAACAGUUUACCCCAGACAAAACCUGCAAACAACACAGCGAGCGUAGGGAUAAACGGCGCACAAACGGGACCCAGCAUCAAACACCAAAGCAAAAAGAGCGAGAGAAACAAACCAAUUCGUCAUUAGCUUCCACGGACACGAAAAACCAGCCAACACGAAUUGGGCUGUCUAAACACAAGGCAGCAAACCAGCACCUCAUUUUUGACUCAGACGACGAAUAG